AUGGCAGAAAUCAACUUGUAUAUAAUGUACAUGGUUUGCUCCAUUUGGCAAAUGAUGCAAAUAAAUUUGGCCCACUUGAUAAUAUUUCAAGUUUUCCGUACGAGAAUUUUCUUCAUCAGCUGAAACGACUGAUCAGAAAACCAUCCUCACCCCUUCAACAGGUCAUUCGACGUCUCUCAGAGGACAAGGCCCCAAGACAAACAUGUUCAUGUGGGCAGAAAAUAACCAAACCUGAAUGUAAGAAACAACAUAUGAAUGGUCCUUUGCCACCUAACACCAAGGGCUGUCAGCAGUAUACAGAACUGCAUCUUGACUCAUACAGUAUCUCAUCAACUCCCAGUGAUAGUUGCAUCAAAGUGAAAGACAGCGUGUGUGUUGUUCGAAACAUUUUGUGGAAUGGCCAAGUAACUAUUGUAUACGAGGCAUUCAAAACUGUAGAAGACUUUUUUGAUUAUCCUCUACCCUCGGGGUGUUUGGGAAUACACAGAGUUGCUAAGCUUGAUGGUGUGCUCCAUACAUGCUACUUAUCAGAAAUUAAAUGUAAAUGUGUCAUCUUUCCCUGCAAAAGAAGGUAUUUGGUUAUAGCUCUGUCUCAUCAAAUUUGGUAAAAAAAAAUUUCCAUGGUUCCCAUUCUUCUGAGUAUUUCAUGUGUUGCUUUUGUUGUAGUUUCCAGGCUGCUGUUGAAGGGUAGUAAGUUUCAUGAAUUCAUUCUGUCCAUAAAGCGAUGAAAACAAUGUAAAAGGAGAAACUGAUUUUAGUGUCAGCUUAAGUUUUUUUUUAUUGUAGCAAAAGAAUAACUUAUUAUAUGGAAGUGGACUAGAGUUUUUUCCUUGUUUUUUUUGUUUUGAAAAAUGAACAUGGUUUCAAAAAUGUCUUUUCCUAUUUCAUAAAAAAAAAAUUACUCCUCCAAAUAAUGUAUACCCCCAGUUGAUUCGUAGGGGAAAUGUACGCAGUUGUCGAGUUUGUCGAUGUGGGCACUGUGUCACUAGUUGCCGAAAACUGGCUGGCAGAACAAGACAAAAUGGUAAAAUGGCCUACAAAGUACAAGUCACAAAGCAGAAUUGAUAAAGCUGUACAGAAGUGCGAGGCACCCACCAACGAUGAAUAUGAGCAGUUCCCCUGCCGUGUGCUGCUAAAAACAGCCGCUUUUGAGAAAGGUAGGGCUAAAGUGCGACAGGCACAAGACACCUCUGACCUAGCAACGGAAGCAGAGACUGAAGUGCCACCUAAGAGAAGGAAGAGGCCAAACCCACGCUACCAGAUGGAUUCAUCAUCAGAUGAAGAAAUGACUCCAAGGCAGGCAGCCAACAGUCAGAAGACCAUGUUUAACAUCCCAGCAACUUCAACUUCAUUCGUGCCAUCACCACCAGCAAGCCUCAUUCAGUCCGGAUCACCCUCAGGGAGCUUGAUUCAGCCUACCUCACCAUCUGGGAGCCUCAAUCUUCCCAGAUCCUUUUCACCUUGCACAGCAACCGAGAAGAAAAUACUGACAAUGAUAGAACGGUCGAAUAUGAUCGCUGCAGAGAACCGGGCCAUUCUCAUCCAGAUUUUGAGAAAAGUCAACGUCUCAGAGCGGGACCUUGAGAAUGGUGGUCUGCCAGAAGGAGUGACAUUUCCUUUGAAGUUAUUGAAGGAUGUGAGAGAACUUGAGGGCCUUGUUCAAAACUUUGAGAAGGAGAAGCUCUUGGUUACAUACUUAUCCAACAUCGGUGGGGAGAAUCUAGGCAGCACAGUCAGACGAAUUCUUGCCUGCGUCCUUACAAACGAUCUUGCGAAGCAAUACAACUGGAUUGGAAAGGGCACUAAGGAGGCUUUCUGUAAACUUCGUAUGGUCAAUGUUAUACACCGGGCUGUACGAAGAAACCCUACAGUCAGAUCGGCAACCAACGCUGAGAUAGACUCCAUCAUCAAGGAUUGGCUGCGCUAUGCGAAAGACAGAGACGGUGGAAGGGCUAGAAGAGCUGCACGUCAGUCCAGUGUUAACAGUCCUGCACCAAGUGUAAGUCAGGAGUCAACCGAAGACUACGGCUCCAGUGAUGAAAAUUAGAAAAACCGCGGUAAGGUCCAUCAACGAGUGCAGCCUCUUUAAAACUGGAGACUUUAGAUAAGCUGAAAAAUAAGUUUGUUACAUUCUCAGAUAAUCUAGGAUCUGUAGUUAUGAGUCACUUCAUCAGGGUUGUGUUAUGAAUAACAGUUUCUAUCUUUUGUUCGUGUUUACUUGAAGUUGUUUAACCCAAGUAUUAAUCCUACGUUUGGCUUGUAAGCAACACUGUUUGAUCACAAGUGAAAAGUAAAAGAUUGUUUGUGUUAAAAGAGUCAUUUUUGUAAUAAGCCCAUCUUUAGAGUUUUGAAAUAUCUUGAUUACCACAAAUUCCAAUUAUGGUAUCUCUUUCAUUUUGUUGAGCAAAGACUUGACAGGUGGCACAAGCAAAGUCAGUUUGGUGCCUUAAUUGUCUGCGUUAGCCCACAAUAUAAGUUGCCUGUUGGUUCAAAGCAAACUAAAUCUGAAACAAGUUAUAGGCAAUUAUUAUUUUGCUUGAGUUUCAAAAUGAAAGUUCAUUGUUAUAGUUAUAUGCCAUGUCAACUUACCAUGUUUGACAUUACAUAUUUCAGCAGCAAGCCUUUAUGCAUCAAGUAGGAAUACAGCGUUUCAUGAAAAG